CGGCGCAUUUAUAAGACAGAGUUCCGCGUGGAUCCUCAGUGCGAUCGUUGUCAACACCUUAUUACGCCACGUUACGCUCCGGAAGAAAAAACACGAGAUCAUUAAUUUAUCUCAAAUUCGAACGGAGAGGCGGGUAGCCUCGGCGAAGAAUGGGGGGAUCGUGGGUGAUCCUGUUUGUCCUGACGGUCGUAAUCGUCCGUUCGCCGGUGGAGGGGAAGAUAUUCACGCAAUGCGACGCCGCAAAGGAGCUGGAGCGGGCUAAAAUCAGUAAGACCUUAAUCAGCAACUGGGUCUGCCUGAUGCAAAGCGAAAGUGGGAUGAACACGGCGCUGUUAACUGGUCCAAAGACAGCCUCCAGCUAUUCCCAUGGCAUCCUUCAGAUCAACAGCGCCAAAUGGUGCGUCAGGGGACGCGCAGGUGGCCUCUGCAAUAAGCGCUGCGAGGACUUCCUGAAUGACGAUAUACAGGACGACAUCGCGUGCGGCAAGAAGAUCUUCGAUCGGGACGGAUUCAAGGCUUGGGACGGCUGGAUGAAGAAGUGCAAGAGCAAACCGCUGCCGAAUCUCGCGCAUUGCACGCGGAGGAGAAGAAUGGCGACCGAGAGCGAGGCGGCCGAGAUCGAGGCUGAUCCGGUCCUGUGAUGACUAGGUGAUUGUGACGCUAUUCGACACAUUGACUGCAAUCGAUGCGGGGCUCGAAUCGAUUUUGCUCUCAAUUUCACCGCUUCCGUAAAACCGUUGCACAUAUAUAUCUUUUGUAAUCUUUCACGAAUUAUUUACUAGCUAAGCGCUUACGUAAUCGGUUCUAUCAGAUUGCAUUCCAACAGAUUGCAUAUCUGUGUUUCCAUUAAAGGAAUUCUUCUAAUUGCGCGCAUCGUACCCGACGAACGCAGUACGUUGCACAAACAAAGUUUGCGCCGGUAUGCUUUAUAAAUAUGGAUCUAAACCGAUUGGAUCGGCGCCACUUGUGACGCAAGGCUUUACGACCGUCUUAAACCCACGUUGCACGACCUGAUGACAGACGACACUACGCAAAAUGAUUUAGAAAUUCCAACUGUUAAAUCGGAAAAUCGUACGUGAUAAGAUUUAGCUGAUGUCUUCCCGAUUUCAUCUCUUUAUACUCAUGUUGCGUGUAUGGCAUUUAAGAAAAUCGUUUUUGCUUCCAAGC